GUCUCAAUUUUCCAAUUUGUAUGAUCUGUGUACCAAAAAUAUAACCUGCCAGAAACAAUUCUCAUAUUUGCGAUAAACUUAAGCUCAGUUAAUACCAGCAGAGCAAGAAUUAAUUCAAUAGAAUAGAACAAUAGAAUAAAACAUUGUUCUUUCAAUAUGAUUCUACGGAUAUUAGUAAUUCUGGCAUUAUUUGCUCUACAGAUAUUCAGUUCACAAGAAUCUUCCCCAUUCACAUAUGAAGUAGACUGCAGUACAUUACGAAUGGGCCAGUACCUUUGCCCAGAUCCAAGAUUUUACAACCAAAUUGACCCCAAAACGCAGCAAUUGCGCAAUUGCAAGAAAAACAAUAAAGCCCUCAUGCAAUGUGUUGCUGUAGAAGGUUUAAUGUGCACUGAAACAAAAAACUCCACAUUCUUCAAAGAAGUGCCCUGCAAAUGGACAAAUGGAUACUCCUUUGAGACAACAAUGUUACUCUCAGUGUUCCUGGGAAUGUUUGGGGCUGAUAGAUUUUACUUGGGCUAUCCAGCAAUAGGUCUUGCCAAGUUUUGCACAUUGGGAUUUAUGUUCAUUGGCCAACUUGUGGACAUCAUUCUCAUUGCAACACAUUAUGUUGGCCCAGCUGAUGGAUCUCAUUAUGUCAUGCCACAUUUUGGUCCAGCUGUGGAUGUAAUAAGAAGUGAUAACUCAACAUAUAGACUAAGACAGGAUGAUUGGUAAUUGUAAUAAAAGUUAGAUACAUA